CUACUACUAGUGCCCCCACAAUUCCAGCCCCAGCCAAAGCGAUUGAAGGAAAGCUCACAAAUCCAACUUCAGGAGCACGCUACGAAAGCAAGUCAAAACAAAACAAAACAAAACAAAACAAUCAUGAUGAAGAACUUCUCCUUAAAAGAUUUGGGCCUUGGAACCGGCAGCACCCACUCUUCUACGCCCAGUAAGAAAUCCAAGAAGCUGUCGAAGCAGUCCUCAACCGAAAGUGAAAACAUUACAGAUUUUAUGGAGAGAACAAGACGAAGCAAUCGAAGGAAGGAGACCAGAGAGUCCGACCAAGAGAGGCCUUCUUCCACCGGGGACUUGGCUCGUCUUUCACGUGGUCGCAAGUCCAGCAAUGGCUUGAACAAACUCAAGACACCCAAGCAUGUGCGCAAGUCCCUGGCGGACCUCAAGUUAAAGGAUGCGGGAAAGGAAGACUCGAAUGUCACUGAAUUCAUCGAUAGCAUGAAGAAGAAGGAAGGAAUGAAGAAGACUUGGAGUUUCGGCGACAAGGCUGCUAUGGGACUUAGCAAAGAGGACCUGGCCAAGCACGCCGAGCGUCUUUUGACUGAGAAGCAGCAGAAGAAGCCUCAGAUUCGAGACAAAUUCUCCAAGGACCACAAGUACCUGGAGCAAGACGAUGUUGACAACAUCUACAAGAUGGUUCUACAAAUGAAAGAAUCGGAAAAGGGAGCAGAGCUUCUAGAGGACUUUGUGCACAAGCAAGCUGGUUGCCAACCACGCAACAGGCAUCAUCAACCUGCUGUUCCCGCGGAGAUCAAGAUGCGCUAAGGAAAAGCAAAUGAUUGGGUUAGUUCAUGCAUAAUAGUAAUAAUAGGAAGAGUCUAGUACAGU